AGCAGCUUCAGCUGGGGUAACAUGGCGUCGUUGAAGUUCACGCACGCUGUUGUAUGUCGCAUUCCUCUGUCGUUCAGAACGAGAGGAGAAAUUGAACUGGAAGAAGCAAAACGACAACAUGAAGCGUACGUUCGUCUUUUGCGCGAGUUGGGGUUGGACGUCAUCGAAUUGCCGCCCGAUGAGAGUUUACCCGAAUGCGUCUUCGUGGAAGAUACAGCCGUAGUAUGCAAUGGAAUAGCAUUAAUUACGCGCCCUGGUGCGCCUACCCGCGUAAAGGAGGUCGAGACAAUACGAGCUGUUCUUAAAAAGGAAUUGGAUUUACCGAUUGUAGAGAUCAGUGAUGAAUCUGCCAAAUUGGAUGGUGGAGAUGUACUCUUCACAGGACGAGAGUUCUUUGUGGGGUUGUCUGAAUGGACAAAUGAGGCGGGUGCACGAGCUGUGGCCGCUGCAUUCCCUGAGUAUCCCUGCACUCCGGUCAAGGUGAGGCCUUGUAUAGACCCCGAUGAGAACUUCGACCUAGACACACUUCAGGUGACAGAAUCUAGACAUUUGAAGGCUUUAGUGUCUAUGGCUGGACCUGAUGUAAUAUGUGUUGGUGCAGGAAAAGCAGCCCAAGAGGUAUUAAAGCGCAUUGAACGUGAAGCCACAUUCAGCUACCAAACUCUGACAGUGCCAGAAGACAUUGCUGCUAACGUUCUUUAUGUAAAUGGUACUCUCAUUCAUCGUUCAUCAGACGAAAUUCCUGAAUCUACGAAGGUUUUUGCUGAAAAGGUGGAUUUUGCCCGGCGCUCCUUGAGCAUGUCAGAGUUGGCUAAGGCUGGAAGUGGUCUAACGUCGUGUUGUCUGCUGUUUCGGCGGACAAGGCAUAUUCGCAGCCUGUGAAUUUAAUAUCUGGUUGUGAGGUAAAGAAGCUUUUUAAUCUAUGGAGGAUGAGGAAUCUGAAUAGAUGAGCAAUCAAGCAAGAGAAGCAAUGAUAAACUGCUUUUUUCAGCAAAGCAGGGGAGUUUAAUGAAUAUUUUGGUCUCCUUGGGCUUAUAUAAGGUUGAAAAACCUGUGCUUGUAAAGGAUUUAAAAGUGUAAACAUAGCUUGUAAUUAUACUGCAGAGUUUUAUACAAAUGUUAGAUGUUUGGUGAAAUUCUGUUUGUUAUUUAUAUUUUUAAAAAAAUGGUAAACAAAUGUCGAAUUUGUGCAAUGUGCACAAUAAGCAUAAUAUUAAGCUUGCCAAAUCUUGUUUGAGGUAUGAUUAUGUGCUGUUUCAAACAACACAUUGGUGCUUAAAAACUAAAAUGAGCGUCAGUUUUACGUACCUUGUCAUGAGUUAUGUACUGUUUGUAAACACUCCAAUAAUCUUAAGCUUUACAUUUUGAGGUGCACACUAUUUAUAAUUUUAGUUUAAAACACUACAAAAAUAUCUUCUUGCAAAUCUACUCUGCAAACAUUUUUCUUUUAGCUUGCUUAAUUACAUAAUUUGUCAUCUCUCGUUAUUUAUAUAAUAUUAGAGAUAGUUUUGGGGUGUAAAAUUACACUUUCCAUAUGAACUGAUUCUUCAUGAUCAAAUUAGGAAGACUGUGUGUGCAUGAUAUUUGUGAAAUUUUUUUUCCCUUGAUUGGAAUUUUGAAGAAAUCUUUCAUUUGUACAAUUAGCGCAGAUGUAAGUGGUUCCUUCAUUUUAUUAUUGGAUUUUAUUCUAUUACUAUCAUUUAGUAUGAAUAUUACUGUUGAAAUACUUAAUGUUCUGUAUUUCAAUAGUGAAUGUAAUAGUUUGUUUUUUUGAAACAAAUUAGACUGUAAGAUUUUUCAAAGUGGACUGUUCCAAUAAGCAGCUUAUGCAACUGUGUUGGUAUUAAAUUGAGAUCGUUUAUGAACUAUCAGCAGCUUGUAAGACCAUUUUGGUGAUAAGUGUACAAUUGUGUGUAUACAUAUUGGAAUUUUAGGUGUGAAAAUUAUUUACUUUUUAAAAUUUUUUUUUUCUGUGCAUCUUUGUUUUGAUAACCUUCUAGGAUUUCAGUACGUUUUCUGCAUCCUUUUUGCAAUUUUGAAUAAUUUCAUUUGCAAAGAAUGAUUUUUAUGUAAUUAAGUAGUAAGAUAAUGUGCAGUUAAAUAUAAUUAUUGAUAAUAUAUUUUAAUAUACGGAAACCUUGGUGUUGAUUAUAUGUGGAUAUAUUGUAGUACGUGCGUAUCACUAGACAAUGAAUGUAAUAUUACUAAUUUCUUUUUAUCUUGAUAUAGAUGAUGUGUAAUUAAAAGUAAUAAACAUACUACCUUGGGGAAUGUAAAAAGUUAAAGGAGGAUUAAUCAACUACUAAUUAUUUUUUAAUGUUUUGCUGAUGCGUUGCAUUUGUGAAGAGUUCUCAAAUACGUGUCUUGUGUCAUUGUCGUAAACUGAUGAUAGAUAUAGAAGUUUCUUGUUCACUGCACAUUCUCUGUGCAUAUUAUUCCCUACUUCAAUCAUAUUCCACUUCGGUAAUUUAUUGCUUAUUAAAUCUCUCUUCUUUUCACUUUCAAACCAUUCAUUUGUUGUGUAUAAAACUGUCCUACUGCAUGGGAUUAUUUAGUCAAUUUGGGCAUCUUAACCAUUAAGCUUGGUGGGCCUGGAGUUUUGAAAUGUCUAGGUUCAUUAGAGGGUUUUGAGAAAUUAAGAUAAAUGCUUCAAUGGUGGGCAAAAGAAACAAACAAACAAUGGAAAUGUGUAAUAAAGUUCAAAACCUGUCACUAAGCUGUUUAAUUUCAAUAUGAAUAUAAAAUAUUAUAUUUAUGGUCAUUCUUAAUUCUUGAGUUUCUAGUUGCUUACUGAUUACGUAGUUUGAUUAAUCCAAAAUCAAUGCAGUUUUAGGAAAUAUAUUUCACUACAGUAGUAAAUUUAGUCCCUUCACAAUUUAUUUUCAUUGUUAAUUUCUAAGGAGUUAACUACCCCAGAGAUCAAAUUCUAAUUCAUUAAAAUAUUUUAAAUCUUUUUUAUUGUUAAAGAAAAACAAAAAAUACUGAAUGUGAAAGAAGUUGAGGUUGUAUACUCCAGUGGAUUCAACCUAUAACCAUGGGCUUUUUUGUCACUGAUAUGUGCUCAAGACAUCUCCCAUGAGCAAGUAAUGUAUUUAUGAAGAAUUAGAUACCAUUUUGAUGUACAUAACUUUGUUUUGCAAGUAUCAAAUUUUUAAUGAAAACUUGAAUUUAUUUCACUUACAUUGAACUUCUAGAUCACUGGUAAAGUUCAAAAAAGAAAAGAAAAAGGAUUCAAGGCAGUAGUUUGCAAAGUAACAUGUAAAUCUCAAGAUGGUAUGAUUUGCCAUGUGCGUGUGUUUCAAUGCUAAGGCACAUCCGAUGUUAAUGCAUAUUAUUCAGCUCCCUCUAUAGUUAAUUUCUAUGUACUUCAUUUAUAUUGUACUGUUUAGUAGAUUCUGCAAUAAUAAAAUGAGCAAAAUGAAAGGAUCCAAAAAAUAAAUGUUUCAAGGCAGGUAAAUGUAAACUUGGAUUAUGAAUAGCUGUUUAUCUUUUCACAUAAUGGAGAUUAGUAACUUGUGUGCAGCUAAUAAAUAAUAUGAAAGGAAAGAAGUAUUUUAGUUAUAUUUCCUCAUUUUAAUGCGUGUUGAAUAUCCAUAUUUGUGCUUCAUCUUGCCAGUUAGCGGAGAGUGAUUUUGAGUGAUUAUUACUAGAAAUCAUUAAAUAUUUUUAAUAGAUGGAUAGUAUUUGGAAGUAACAUAUUCAUAAUUUUGAAUCAUUAUAAUUUCUUCUAUUUGGUUGUAAAUGUCUUAUUUUUUUGAAGAUAUGUACAUUUUAUUUUUAAAGAGAAUUGUAUGUAGAGUAAUGGAAGCUAGACACCAAUUUAGAUUCAUUUUUGUAGAAUAUAUGUGGUAAUUAUAGAAUUCAUUAUUCUUGUACCUUGCAUCGAAGGUAAAUACAAAAGGAUGCAUUACUACAUGAUAGUACAAUAUUGAACUAAAUAUAUUUUCUUAAAAAGAGAAAUACAAUAACUAGAAUUGAGCAGCCAAAAUAUAUAUAUAUAAUUUUCCUGUAUUACACACAAUUCAAUUAUAAUUCAGAAUUAAAAUAUUGGAUCAUUUAAGCUACAAUGAUAAUUAAAUGAUAUUUGUGUUAUUCCAACAGUUUGAGAUAUUACUUGAUUUUGCCUGAAACGUGACAAAUGUAGAAUUUUAUGUAUAGAAGGUCAAUGUUCUUUGUAACUGUGCCAGUCAUGUUUUGGGCAACAGUGAUCAGGACUGCCGAGUGAUAAAUUAAAGUUACUCUUACAUGGGAAGCAGGACCAGCCUAUGGUAGUGCCAAUUGAAUUAAAAUGAGUGUUCAUGUUAGUGUUUAAUAGAUUAUUAAUGAAUCCAAAAGGAUAUUCCUAUAGUAUUUGUUUUCAAAGUUCCAAGACUAAAGAUUGAAAAAUGAGCAAUAUUAUGUACUGAUGUGUAGAAGUUCAAAGUUUCAUUUAUUGAGAAACUGUAUAUGACAUUUUAGGGUCAAUUAUCUGAUUUUUACCUAGCUGGCGGUGUUCCCAGGCCAGGCCUAGGAGUUAGGGUAAGGGAGACAUGUGGUGAACAUGUUGCAAUCACAUCACCAUGUCUAGCUUUUUGACCAGUUUGUACUUUUUCGUCAGACAGCUAUAUAAUCUGAAAUAAUUUGUAUUAGAAAACUACAGUUUUAAUUUUUUCUAAGAAACUAGCAAGAGCGAAAAUAAUAAAGAAAUCUCCAAAAAGAAGUAACCAAGAUACUGUGUUGAUAUAAUACAUAAUCUUUGAAUUUAUUUCAAUUUUCAAUUUGACCAUGGAAUUGCAUUGGUACAUUCACCUUUACAAAACAGUGAUGUAUUAUUGAAAUUUAAUUUACAAGUAUUUAUGACAGUCAAAUGGUACCAGCAAAAUCCAUUUUUUCAACAGUAGCAAAAUCCUAAUUUUUAGUUUGUUUUACUGUUUCUGCUAAAUACUGUAAGGUAAAUAUAAGUGUAUACUAGUAAGCACUUGGAGCAAAGUAUAUUCCAUUAUUAAUAUAAAUUUUUAAUAUUGUAUUACAUUAAGUCAUCUUUUAUUUUAGCAUAAAAGGAUGAUUUGUUACCAAGCAAACAACUCAAAAAUUUUAAGUUUUCCAAAUAUUUUUGGAGUCUAGUAGCUUUGUGGAAAUAAAUUUUGCAUGGAUAAUCUAUUGGAUUAAU